CUUCCUUCUCAUCUUCUCUCAACAAUUAAAGAAAAAGCAAAACAGAGCAUGAAAACAGAGCACCCUUCCUCGCCACCUUCUCUAACCUCUCUAGUUCCUCUUCCUUCACACCGUCUUCGCUUCUCAUAACUAAAUAAUCGCAAAUCCACCCAUUUCCCAGUAGUCGAAUCUCUCCUCAAUAAUGGCAACACCCUUCUUCGACUCCACUCUGGUAAACCACCACUCUCCCUCUGUUUCACCAUUUGCUUCCAAAUUUAUCUUUAACUACAGAAACAAAAACUACCCUCCAAUUCUCCAUGCGGGUUCCUCGUUCUUUACUGGGAAGCCCCUUAGAGUGGUGGAAAUUGGAGCGGGAACACCCAGAUUGGGAAGUAGGAGGAGGCGGAGGAUGGGUGUUAGGGCUUCAUUGGGAGGUCUUUUGGGUGGGAUUUUCAAAGGUAAUGAUACUGGAGAGUCCACCAGGCAGCAAUACGCAGGGACUGUGACGGCUAUUAACGGAUUGGAAUCGGAGAUGGCUGGGUUAACUGAUGCAGAGCUGAGGGAAAAGACUUUUGCUUUGAAGGAACGUGCCUCUCAAGGCGAAUCUUUGGACUCUCUUUUGCCAGAGGCAUUUGCUGUCGUAAGAGAGGCAUCCAAGAGGGUCCUUGGCCUCCACCCCUUUGAUGUCCAACUGAUAGGUGGCAUGGUUCUUCAUAAGGGAGAAAUAGCUGAAAUGAGGACUGGAGAAGGAAAGACCCUUGUUGCUGUCUUACCAGCUUAUUUGAAUGCAUUAAGUGGGAAAGGAGUUCAUGUGGUUACCGUCAAUGAUUAUCUGGCCAGACGAGAUUGUGAGUGGGUUGGUCAAGUUCCUCGCUUUCUUGGGUUGAAGGUUGGCCUAAUACAACAGAAUAUGACUAGUGAACAGAGAAGGGAAAAUUACUUGUGUGACAUCACUUAUGUCACCAAUAGUGAGCUAGGUUUUGAUUACUUGAGAGAUAAUCUUGCCACGAGUGUUGAGGAGCUUGUUUUGAGGGAUUUCAAUUAUUGUAUCAUAGAUGAGGUCGAUUCCAUUCUUAUUGAUGAAGCAAGAACGCCUCUUAUCAUAUCUGGGACUGCCGAAAAACCUAGUGAUCAGUAUUAUAAAGCAGCAAAAAUAGCUGCUGCCUUUGAACGAGAUAUACAUUAUACUGUAGAUGAGAAGCAGAAAACUGUUCUUCUUACAGAACAGGGUUAUGAAGAUGCUGAAGAAAUUCUGGAUGUGAAAGAUUUGUAUGAUCCACGGGAACAAUGGGCAUCGUUUGUUUUGAAUGCUAUUAAAGCAAAGGAAUUGUUUCUUAGAGAUGUAAAUUAUAUUAUCCGUGGCAAGGAGGUGCUUAUUGUAGAUGAAUUUACUGGUCGAGUUAUGCAGGGGAGGCGAUGGAGUGAUGGACUUCAUCAAGCAGUUGAAGCAAAAGAGGGUUUACCUAUUCAAAAUGAAACUAUAACUCUGGCCUCAAUCAGUUACCAGAACUUUUUUCUCCAGUUUCCAAAACUUUGUGGAAUGACUGGCACUGCAGCAACUGAAAGCACAGAAUUUGAGAGCAUAUACAAGCUUAAAGUAGCAAUUGUCCCCACAAACAAACCCAUGAUAAGAAAGGAUGAGUCUGAUGUAGUUUUCAGGGCAACUAAUGGAAAAUGGCAGGCCGUUGUUGUAGAAAUUUCUAGAAUGAAUAAGACAGGUCGUCCCGUACUUGUUGGCACAACAAGUGUUGAGCAAAGUGACUCCUUGUCAGAGCAAUUGCAAGAAGCAGGAAUUUCCCACGAGGUUCUCAAUGCGAAACCAGAGAAUGUGGAAAGAGAAGCAGAGAUUGUAGCACAGAGCGGUCGUCUAGGGGCAGUGACUAUUGCUACCAAUAUGGCUGGUCGUGGAACAGACAUAAUCCUUGGUGGCAAUGCAGAAUUUAUGGCCAGGCUGAAGCUACGUGAGAUGCUAAUGCCAAGAGUUGUUAAGCCAGCUGAGGGAGUCUUUGUCUCAGUGAAGAAACCUCCUCCAAUGAAGACAUGGAAGGUGAAUGAGAAGUUAUUCCCUUGCAAGCUAUCCAGCAAGAAUUCCAAGUUAGCCGAGGAAGCUGUAGAGUUGGCCGUCAAAACCUGGGGCAAGAAAUCUUUAAGUGAGCUGGAAGCUGAGGAGCGCCUGUCUUAUUCUUGUGAAAAGGGCCCUGCUGAGGAUGAAGUUAUUGCCAAGCUGCGAAGUGCGUUUUUAGAAAUUGUAAAGGAAUAUAAGGUCUACACUGAGGAAGAGAGGAAGCAGGUUGUGGCAGCUGGGGGCCUUCAUGUGGUGGGGACAGAACGUCAUGAGUCACGACGAAUAGACAAUCAGCUGCGUGGCCGAACUGGCAGGCAAGGGGAUCCUGGAAGUUCUCGCUUUUUUCUUAGUCUAGAGGAUAACAUCUUUCGUAUUUUUGGGGGAGACAGAAUUCAGGGCUUGAUGAGAGCUUUCAGAGUUGAAGACCUACCAAUUGAAUCCAAGAUGUUGACUAAAGCACUUGAUGAAGCUCAGCGGAAAGUGGAAAACUACUUUUUUGAUAUUCGUAAACAAUUGUUUGAGUAUGAUGAGGUCUUGAACAGUCAAAGGGACCGUGUCUAUACAGAGAGAAGACGGGCCCUCAUGUCCGACAAUCUUCAAUCUCUUAUUAUUGAAUAUGCUGAAUUGACAAUGGAUGACAUCUUAGAGGCGAAUAUUGGUUCGGAUGCUCCAAAGGAAAGCUGGGAUCUUGAAAAGCUCAUUGCAAAACUUCAACAGUAUUGCUACCUGUUGAAUGAUCUGACCCCGGAUGUAUUGAGAAGCCAGUGUUCAAGUUAUGAGGAAUUACAGGAUUACCUUCGUCUUCGUGGUCGUGAAGCAUAUUUGCAGAAAAGGGAUUUCGUGGAGAAGCAAGCAGAAGGGUUGAUGAAGGAAGCUGAAAGAUUCUUAAUUUUGAGCAAUAUCGAUCGCCUGUGGAAAGAACAUUUGCAAGCUCUCAAGUUUGUACAACAAGCCGUAGGCUUACGUGGAUAUGCUCAGCGUGAUCCACUGAUCGAGUAUAAGCUUGAAGGCUAUAAUCUCUUCUUGGAUAUGAUGGCACAGAUAAGACGAAAUGUAAUAUAUUCAAUAUAUCAGUUCCAACCAGUGAUGGUAAAGAAGGAUCAGGAGAAGUCGGAUAAAGUUGUUACAAAUGGUAGUAGUAGUCAGAGACCUGAACGAGUUGGUGCAGUUGAGUCAUCUUCGUCAGCUGCGAGCCCCCAAGCCAGCGCCUAAUGCUCGUUAUCUAAGUACAAAUCUUUGGAUCAUUCAAGGGGCAUAGUGAUAAAUUAGAAGGAUCCUUUUGUUCUAGUAUAUGAUUGUGUCAAGGCUGCAUAGAUCUCAGUUGAAAAACGAAAAAGUAUGUCCUGUUUAUUGUACCAUAGAGAACCACACCGCUCAGAUUCUUAGGAAAUGAAGCAUUUUUCCUAAAGGUCAUGUAACUCACAGUCGAAGAUCAAUGAAAGUUUUUUCUUUCCUUUUC